GUGACGCAAAAUUAAACUAGACAAAUACAGUCAUAUACAUUUAAAACAAAACCUUUCUUUCAGGGAGUGUGUUAAUCUUUUUCCUAAACGUAAUCUGAACAUAAUGAGUCGUGUUGGUGUUAGCUGUAGCCCUUCUAGACAACCCCCCCGGUUGCCAUGGUAACCCAGUCUCCUGCCGCCGGGCGCGCGCUGCAGUGAGUCAGUGAGCAGCAGAGAGACAGAGGACAGACGGGGAGUCACCGACAGAGACCGACGGACCGGAGACACUACGGACACAGUAACUACGGUAACCGUUAGCCUGUUAGCCUGUUAGCUUUCCCGCAGCUGCUGAGACCCUCACACACCAUUACUGAGACUGAUGACGAGCAACGGCCGCGGUGUUGCUUCAGCCUGACAGACUCCAACUUAUACAGAUGGGCGUCCUCUCUGACUGUCAGACUGCUCAGCUGAUCUGGAUUCAGUCAGCUGACAGUUGAACUUACCUUCCUGGUUCAGGUGAAGACGGCAGCCAGUAGGAUGAGUCUGCUGAAGGGGGCGGAGCCUGGACCAGAGAUGGAUACCAAGGUGCAGACCUGGGCUCCGUCUCUUGAGGAACUGGAGUGUAAGAUCUGCUUCAGCCGCUACGACGCUCGCAGCCGUAAACCCAAACUGCUGCGCUGCCGACACCUCGUCUGCGCCCGCUGCCUGAAGAAGAUGGUCAACAUGGGAGAGUCCUCGCCGUGCAUCAUCAGCUGUCCAUUCUGUCGCCAUGAGACCCGCGUCCCCGACGAUGAGGUGUGGCUGAUGGAGGACGACCGCUACAUGCUGGCUGUCCUGUCCCAUCAGGAUCAAUUCAAGAGAGGAGAAGAGAUGCUGCUGAGUCCCCACAGUCUCCCCGGCGGCAGCGUGGACUCAGACUUUAUGCUGAUCUCAGUCAUGGCGCUCACCGAGGACUCUCCGAGCAUGCUCAGUCUGUUUCGGCCGACCGGCCGCGACUUGAUGCCCGCCAACCUGCCGGUGAACAAGUUUGGCACCUGGAAGUCCUGCAGCGUCCCCCGCUGCCUGCUGGGAGCACUCUGCCUGGUGUACUUCAGUUCUCUUCCUCUGGGGAUCUACCUGCUGAUGAUUGGUCGGUUGUGUCUCGGCGUUGCCAUGGUGAGUCUGGUUCCCUCCACGCUGCUUCUGCUCGUCCUCUACGGCUUCUGUCAGUGCGUGUGCACGGAGCUGUGCACGGUGCUGAGGGAGAAACUCGCCGCGUGCACGCACUUGCUGCCAUGACGACGACGACAACAACAACACAUCCAGGAUGAAACACUGCAGAAUUUAUUUAUUUAUUGUAAAGAUAUUUAACUUUUAU